UAAUCUAGACUCUUGUGACAGUGAGCUCUGUUUGUAAACGCCUUUGCGUUUGGUGACGGAAGUAGUUUUACCUUGUCAUGCCCACUGAAACUACAGCGUCAUUCUGAGCCCUCAGGUGGAGAUGAGAGACCGCCGCGGGAUUUUGGCUACUCCGUGAAACUCUGAACGGCCCAUCGAGACCUUUUCAAUAGGACUAUUUCAUCCAAACUGCCUUAAAAAAGCAGCGCCCGGAUUGACUGCUCGGAUCUUCAGGCGUGCGCUCUUCUUCUGUUUGGUAGCGAAACUAGUUUCCUGAAAUAGCAUGAGUUCUGCCGUGUAUGAACAUGGAGGGAACGGGCGUCAUGAGCAUGUCACCUUCCUGACGAAUGAACGGAAGAUGGCACCAGCACGGAGGGCGAGCAUUGCCGUGGGGGUCUUCAUCGCCCUGCUGGUAGUGGCUGCAGUGGUCGGAUUUCUUGUGUGGCUCUUCGUUGUCAGGAGCAAAGAAUUGGAAAAUGAGUCCACCAUUCUUAAACACAGCCCAUCCACACUGGUUUACAGCGGACAAAUUAAGCUUAUCAAACCAGAGUACAGCCCAGUGUACGACAAUCCCGACAGUACAGAAUUCCAACAAGUGGCGAGGGACUUGGAAAGAAUUAUGAACAAUACAUUCACCAGAGAUCCCCUCUUUUCCAGAUACUAUACCAAGUCUGUCAUCACUGCCUUCAGUGAAGGAACCUUAGCGUAUCAUUGGUCUCAAUUUGACAUUCCUGAGACGGACCAAGAGAUCGUCCCAGAGCUGUCGGAGGAUCGUGUGGUCGAGGCUCUGCGGAGGGGCAUCCGACAGGGGGGCAAAAAAAUUGGGAGUGUUGAAGUUACUACCAGCGACAUCACUGCUUCAACCACAGACCCUCGGAUGGCCAGGGACCCCAGAUCCAAGAAAUGCUUUUACAGUCUCAUAGCUGAAACCACCAACAAAGAAUUUACAUCUCCUGAACACCCUAAGAGAUUCCCAAUUCACUCCCGAUGCCAGUGGCAGAUCCGCGCUCCUAACGGCUAUGCCAUCAUUGUCAAGUUCAGGACCUUCCACAUAGAGGAUGACUGUGCCAAUGACUACGUGGCCAUCUAUGACUCUCUCAGUCCUGACAGCACGUAUGCUAUCACAAAACAGUGUGGACUUCGACCUCCUACAAAUCCUCUUGAGGUAGUUUCUUCUGGUAACAUCAUGCUUGUCAACCUAAUCACAGAUGUGGCCCGGAGACCUGGAUUCAGAGCAGUUUACGCUGCCGUUCCCACUAUUGCUGCUGGGAGCUGUGGAGAAUCUCUGACUGCUCCCACAGGAAACUUCACCUCUCCUAAUUUUCCUAGUUUCUAUCCUCCUUUGUUGGACUGCAACUGGAACAUCAAUGUUCCUGCUGGCAGAAGGAUAAAGAUUGAGUUCAGUAUGUUCCGUGUGAAAGAGCCGGGGGUGGACACUAGCAGCUGUCACAAAGACUACGUAGAGGUGCUGGGUAAAAAGUAUUGUGGAGAGAGACGUAGACUUGUUCUUUCUAGCACCACCAAUUCCUUGGAAGUGAAGUUCCAUUCAGAUGAAUCCUACACUGAUAAGGGAUUCAGGAUCAUUUACACCGCCUUUGACCCUGUAAACCCUUGCCCUGGUCAGUUCGCGUGCACCUCAGGCUACUGCAUCAAAAAAGAGCAACACUGUGAUGGGUGGAAUGACUGCGAAGACAUGAGUGAUGAGAAAAGCUGCAACUGUGAUGAGGAACAGUUCACUUGCAGUAAUGGCCUGUGUAGGCCUCAGUACUUUGUGUGUGACAGAGUGAAUGACUGUGGUGACAAUAGUGAUGAGGAACAUUGCGAUUGUGGCAGAGCUGAGGAAAGGUGUGGGGACGGUGCCUGCAUCCCACAAAAAUUUAUAUGUGAUGGGAAAAAUGAUUGUGCUGAUGGCAGUGAUGAGGUCUCCUGUGUAGCAG